UGACUUGACAUAAAGCUACUGAGACUACCCUCCUGGUUUGUUCAUAAAAUUUCCCGGCAUUUAUCACGAAAGCUGCGAAUGUAAACGAGAGUAAGUGCAUUCAGUAAAGCAGGAAGUGUAUAUGUCUUGUAUGUCGUUUUGUAGCUAUAAUGUUAAAAAAUUCUGUCGGAAGGUCAGAACAUUUCGGCAGACAGAUGUUACCAGCUGGGAAGGAAGACGCCGUUAAUCUGUUAUUAUCGUCUGGGAUAUCGUUGUGAUUUUUAUGAGACUUUCUUUAUGUAUAGCCCCAAAUAAUUUGCAGCCCACACCAUGAGCAAUAUGAAGGAUAAACCGACUAUUCGUCAGCAGAGCUCGGAAAAUAACUCUGUCAGCAGUAGUGAAUGGGAUAUGGCAAAUGAUGUGUUUGUGUCCAGCUACGAUGACAAUCCGAUGGGAGAUAGUGUCGAUGCGGUGAACAGGGACCCGGCGCAGCACGGCUUGGACAGACACCUGCCUCUGUUAAGGGGGGACUCACAUUUGUCCCAGGAUGGCAUGAUGUUGGGCCUGGCCGGGGAGGAAUAUUCUGGCUCAUCCUAUCUGGACAUUGUUCCAAACUACACCGAAAGCGACGGCAAUGUCACAACCAAGAGGCGCAUCCGGUCCAAUAGUUCCAGGCACCGCGGUGACAUCGUCACGGAGCUGGGACCGGAGGAGGUCCGGUGGUUUUACAAAGAGGACAAGCGGACGUGGAAGCCAUUCGUCGGACACGACUCUUUAAAAAUCGAGACUGUGUAUCGCAGAUUCUGCGAACAGAACCCUCAUGGGAUCAAACGCCCCGCCGAUCCAGCCGAGGCCGACGGACAGGAGACAGUCAGGUCCGGCGAGGUCCAGCCCGAAAGCUUGGCCGUGGACACAGGAAGUGUCUGGGCCGAGCCGGCGGCGCAGCGGGACGGGGGUCUGCGGCGCUCAUUGUCAGAGGGGAUUAAAGACUCGGGCAUCAAUGUCAGCGUGGAGGCAGUGUGUGUCAGAGGAGGGCUGUAUGAAGUGGAUGUCAGGGAGAAGGAAUGCUACCCUGUUUACUGGAACCAACAAGACCGGAUUCCUGUCAUGAGGGGUCAGUGGUUCAUUGAUGGAACGUGGCUUCCCCUGGAGGAGGAUGAGAGUGACCUAAUCGAGCUGGAGCACCUUGCCUGUUUCCGGGGGCAACAGAUGAGGGAUACCUACGAGAUAGAGGCGAUGAUCACAACAGUGGACUGCAAAGAUGCCAUCCACAGUCUGAAGCUGAGUAGGAGUCAUGUGGACUGGCACAAUGUGGACGAGGUGUACCUAUAUAGUGAUGCAACAACCUCCAAGAUUGCACGCACUGUGACUCAGAAACUGGGCUUCUCAAAAGCCUCCAGCAGUGGGACACGCCUCCAUCGGGGAUAUGUUGAGGAGGCCGCGCCUGAAGAUACCCCACCUGAAACCACACACAUUGUCUUUGUGGUGCAUGGCAUUGGCCAGAAGAUGGACCAGGGUCGCAUCAUCAGGAAUACCAGCAUGAUGAGAGAUGCUGCCAGAAAGAUGGAAGAGAAGCACUUCUCUGAUCGAACAACAGAGCAUGUAGAGUUUCUUCCAGUGGAGUGGAGGUCAAAACUGUGUCUGGAUGGAGACACAGUGGACUCCAUCACUCCAGACAAAGUGCGAGGUCUCAGAGAUAUGCUGAACAGCAGUGCCAUGGACAUCAUGUACUAUACAAGUCCUCUGUACAGAGAUGAGAUUACUAGGGGUUUAACACUGGAGCUGAAUCGACUGUACUCACUCUUCUGCUCGCGAAAUCCAGACUUUGAGAAAAAUGGGAAGGUGUCCAUAGUGUCGCACUCGCUGGGCUGUGUCAUCACCUUUGAUAUCAUGACAGGCUGGGACCCCGUGCGUUUUCAUCAUCAAGAAGUGCCAGACCCAGAGAAGACAAAGGCCCGCUGGCCAAGUGAUGAGGAGCGCCACCUUCAGGAGCAGCUGAGACUCACUCACCUCAGGUUGAGGGACUUGGAAGAUCAGUUCCAGGGUCUGCAGACCUCAUCUUGUGUUGCAGUGCCAGCCUUGAAAUUUAAGGUAGAAAAUUUCUUCUGCAUGGGCUCUCCUCUGGCUGUGUUCUUGGCGUUGCGAGGAAUUCGGCCUGGAAACAACGGUAUGCAGGACCACAUCCUACCCACGCCAAUCUGCAAACGCCUCUUCAACAUAUUUCAUCCCACAGACCCCGUGGCAUACAGAUUGGAACCUCUGAUCUUAAAGCAUUACAGUAACGUUGCACCUGUUCAAAUCCACUGGUACAACACCACCAGCCCAACACCCUAUGACCUGAUCCGGCCCACUCUGCUCAAUCCCCCGAAGGAGACCGCGUCUGUCUCAGACUCUGAGAGCAUCCCUAGCCCUUGCACAUCUCCACCCCAGGCCCGACGGCACUAUGGGGAGUCCAUCACCAGCUUGGGCAAGGCCAGCAUCAUGGGUGCUGCGAGCCUUGGAAAAGGAAUCGGCGGAAUCUUGUUUUCCCGCUUUUCCCGUUCCAGUGGCCAGGUGGGCGGAGUGGAGGAAUAUCCAUCAGAUUCAGAGGGUGGAGGCUCUGAAGUGGAAAAUGUAACAUCAGCAGAGGAAGGAGUGACAGUGACAGAGGGCGAGGAAAAGGACAAACAAAUAGAGGAGGAGCAGAGGGAAGUGGAGCCUGCCAUGUCCCAGUCCACCUCAGCUGUGAUGGACAGCACCUCCUUGGAGCUGGAGAGACGCAUCGACUUUGAGCUGCGGGAGGGCUUGGUGGAAAGUCGCUAUUGGUCAGCAGUGACCUCACACACAGCGUAUUGGUGCUCUUAUGAUGUGGCUCUGUUUCUCCUCACCUUUAUGUAUAGACCACAAGAGCCAACUGAAUCUGCAGAAGAUAACCCAGACACCUCAUAACAUCAGUGCAGAGUUAUUAUAGAGUCGUCACACCUGGGUUCAAAUUCGCUUUCUGUUCGCACCUAUUGAAAUUGAAAGCGCGACUAACGGUGAAUGAAAUGAAAUUACCUCAUUCUUCAUCCUCUAAUUUCCUCAAAUAAUUUUGUGCAUCACACAAUUUUUAAAAUAUGAAAUCUAAAUAAUGGGUGAUUGAAUACAUUAUCAAAUAUGCACAUUGGAAAUAUGACAUAUUGGAAGACUAAUUUGUAGUUUAAUUUAUGGUUACUUUGUUGAUUGGUCAGUUUCAUCUCGUGGAUUCAUAUCAGUUUUUCAAUGUUGCAGGUUAACUUAUUAUAAAAGACACUGAAGGAAUUAUGGUCCGGAUGAUAUCGAGUGUUUUUUAUUUUAUUAGCUGUUGACUUCCUCAGAGUUAGACUUAAACUUUGAAUCUCUGCUUGUGAUCUUGAGGCUAUGUUGCUACAAAUUUUACAACACAAAAGUCUUGCACAAAAAUAUUUGUUAGUGAAGUUUCAUAUAAAUUUUGUCUGUAACACAUUUUCACGUAUGAACUUGCAUCAUGCACCCACACAUUUCAACAUUUCAAUUUGAUUGGAAAUAAUUAAAUUGGAAUUGGUAGUCUUAUUUUCAUAAGUUGCCAUCAGAACAGAAAUGCUGCAAUUGAGUGAAGUGAUAGUGAAUUGAACCAGCAUAGACAGAAGAUCAUACAAAUUGCAUACUUGUUUUGCAUGCCAUCUCAAUUCCUCCUGGGUUACACACUAUAACAUCCAUGUGAUUUUUCCUCCAGACUGUGCACAGAGUCUUCCAUCAGCGAGGUGUUUACUCUUAAAACUUGCCACUGUUCUCUGGACUUCUCUCAACAGUUGUCAAAGCCCUCCACUAUGUGUGGCUGUAUUAAUGAUGUUGUGCUUAUGGUUACUUGUUUGACCACAAAGCUCCAUAGGCCCCUGACUGUCAAUGUGCUGCUGAAAUGGUAGCCUAGAGAAAACCCUACUGCUUUUUGUAAGUCUAACCAUAUGCUUGCUAACAUGUUCAAUAAUUGCUCAUAAUAAUUUCUUGUAAUCUUGUUGCAUCCUAUUCUAGAGAAGACUAAAAGAAAUUCUUUUUCCUAUACAGUGCAUUAGGCAGACACUGAACCUCACAACUUGAAUAAUUAGAAGUAAUGAGAAACAGUGAAUAUCUGCGUUUAAGAUGCAUUAAGUGGUGUUUAUAUAUAUAUAUAUAUAUAUAUCUCAAUCAAAUAGUUGACUUACCCUAACACUGUGUCUACGUAGGAGAUCAAGUGUAAGCAGCACGCAAGUAGACAGAAAAGUAGUGCAAGUGCUCAAUUCAUGUAAAACAGUAUGCGCUUAGACAGUGUUGACAAGAGGAGAAGAAAGGAGCUUCAUUUCUAUCGCUAAAUUCCAUGAGAAUUUGCUACAAGACCAAUGUAGCAUUCCUACUGAACCAGGAGUGAUCUUGAGUUAUGCCGUGGCCAGUAUGGACAGGAAAGAUGAUUGCAAGCAAAAAAUCUGUCCUUUAAUUAAAAAAAAAAAAAAAAAAAAAAUCACUGGGAGCUUGAAAACUCAACCUUUAUAUCAACCUACAUUCUAUUAUCAUGUUUACAUGGACUGAACUGCUGUGUCUAUCAGGAAUGAAAAGCAUUAUUGGUGGCCAAAUGUUUGGCUAGUUAUUCUUGUAGCUGUUAUAGUUCUUACUGAGUGCGAGAGACAGCAUGAUAAUGGCUGUAAUCUCUAUUCAAUAUUACAUGAAAAAAUGCACUUGAUUUAAUAUUUUACCAUCCUUUGUGUUAGAACUUAUCAAAUUGUCACUCACUAUUGAUAUGUUGGUCCAGAGUCAAAUUGGGAAUACUGUGUGACCCAGGUUGGAUAUCCACAGACAAAAGAUUAUAUCAGAGAAUAUGUUUUCCAUAAGGGUGGUAGAGCAGGUUGUCCACUAAUUGCAAGGUUGGUGAUUCGAUCACUGCCCAUCUGCAUGCUAGAGUGUCUUUGGACUAGGCACUGACCUCGAAGUUGCUCCCAAUGGCAAGCAAGCACUUUGCAUGGCGUCUCUGCCACCUUUGGUGUGUGAAUGGAUAAAUGAAAAACACAUUGUAAAGCGCUUUGAGUACCACUAAUUUAAAAAUAUAUAAGUGAAGACAAUUCACACAGAUUUCUUAAAGUUUGCACAUUUCAAUUUUUUUAAGGAAUUGAAGUUGCACUUCAGCCCAGGCCAAGCAUGAUAUAGCUAUGCGCAAUGAACAUUUGGACUUGGAUACUGAAAAUAUGGAGACACGAGCAUGCAGAUUACCAUUUAGGACCUACUAACUCUACAAGGUGUCCAUUUGAAUUACAUGACAAACUGAGAUAUAUAUAACCGUGCCAUACCGAACACUUUUUCUUUUUACAUUUUUGUUCAUUGUUUUGUUGUGAUACAUGUUUCCAUUGUUGUUUUUCUGUUAGAAUUUCCUGUAUCUGAUGUACACCAAUCAGGCAUAAUAUUGUGACCACUGACAGGUGAAGUGAAUAACAUUGAUUAUCUCUUCAUCAUGGCACCUGUUAGUGGGUGGAUAUAUUAGGCAGCAAGUGAACAUUUUGUCCUCAAAGUUGUUGUGUUAGAAGCAGGAAAAAUGGGCAAGCGUAUGGAUUUGAGCAAGUUUGACAAGAGCCAAAUUGUGAUGGCUAGACAACUGGGUCAGAGCAUCUCCAAAAGUGCAGCUCUUGGGAGGUGUUCCUGGUCUGCAGUGGUCAGUAUCUAUCAAAAGUGGUCCAAGAAAGGAACAGUGGUGAACCAGCAACAAGGACAUGGGUGGCCAAGGCUCACUGAUGCACAUGGGGAGCGAAGGCUGGCCUUUGUGGUCCGAUCCAAAAGACGAGCUACUGUUGCUCAAAUAGCAGAACAAGUUAAUGCUGGGUCUGAUAGAAAUUGUUCGAAUACACAGUGCAUUGCAGUUUGUUGUGUGUGGGGCUGCCGAGCUGCAGACCAGUCAGGUUGCACAUGCAGACCCCUGUGCACCGCCGAAAAUGCCAACAAUGGGCACGUGAGCAUCACUACUGAACCACAGAUGAUGAAAGAAGGUGGCCUGGUCUGAUUAAUCAUGUUUUCUUUCACAUCACGUGGAUGGCCGAGUGCGUGUGCACCGCUGACUUGGGGAAAACAUGGCCCCAGGAUGCACUAUAGGAAGAAGGGAAGCCAGCGGAGGCAGUGCAGUGUUUUGGGCAAUGUUCUGGGAAACCUUGGGUCCUUUAUCACGUACCACCUAACUAAGCAUUGUUGCAGAUCAUGUACACCUUUUCAUGGAAACGGUAUUCCCUGAUGGCUGUGGCCUCUUUCAGCAGGAUAAUGCACUGUGCCACAAAGCAAAAAUGGAUCAGCAAUGGUUUGUGGAGCACAAUGAAUUUGAGGUGUUGACUUGGCCUCCAAAUUCCCCAGAUCUCAAUCCAAUCAAGCAUCUGUGGGAUGUGCUGGACAAACAAGUCCGAUCCAUGGAGGCCCCACCUUGCAACUUACAGGACUUGAAGGAUCUGCUGCAAACAUCUUGGUGCCAGAUACCACAGCACACCUUCAGGGGUCUAGUGGAGUCCAUACCUUGAUGGGUCGGGGCUGUUUUGGCAGCAAAAGGGGGACCAACACAGGUGGUCAUAAUAUUAUGUAAUGUAUAAUUAAUGUAAUGAUCAGUGUAUGUACCUUACUCCUGCACUCCAAAUAUGUUUUGUACCUACAAACCUUUCAAAGAAGAGAUGAGGAGAAAUUGUGCUGAUGAAAUUAUUUUUGGCUCUAGAAGAGCUCUGCCUCCAAAAAUAGUUUGAAAAAAUACAGUUCAACAUAAUUUCAGAAGAGAAGUUCAGUUGCCUUCAACUGAAGCUUGUUUAACUAUAAAAACAUCUUCCUGUCAGUUAUUUCCAUAUGCAGUAGCACUGCUAUCUUACUGUCUGGUAUUCAAGUGAUUUUUUUUUAUAAAAACACCUAUAUUUAAAUCAUUAAUUAUUUUGUCUCUUUAAAAAAAAAAAAAAAAGUAGCAAUUGUCUCAUUUGAAUAUUUUAAUAAGUGAUAAUUCCUCUUCUGCUCCAGUUUCGUCAUACAAUGCCAACGGCUUACCAACAAGACUUCGUUUCUUAUGCAUAUCUGACCUUGUUUGUGUUCAUGUCUUUCUAGUAAAAAUUAUAGGAACGAAUGAACAUAUCCUUCCGGCUGAGCAACUUACCAUUGUCUGUGCCAUACCUAAGUACACAAGUAUCUGCUCGAUAGAAUUCUUGUUAGCAAGCCAGACAUAUAUUUAACAGAUGUGAUGAUGUGAAGGUUUGUCUUUCUCCUUGAUAUGUGACUGGAGCAUAUUUUUCUUUUUUUACUGCACUGAAAAUGAAAUAGAAACAGUCUAUAUAUCAGCAUUCAGGGAAAAGAGGUGUACAUAACACAUUCAGGAAAAAACAAAGUCUUUUGCAACCACUUCUUCAACCAUUUCUUCACCAACCAAAUUAAUUAAUGACUGGGAUUGGACAUGACAGUAUACUGUUUACAUUUUGAAAAGUGCCAUUUUUUCAGUCAUACCUUUUUGUCAAAUUAAGUAUUCAAAUGCCAUUUUGAGGCUGGUCAAGAAAUUCUUUGGGGACUUCUUUGCAUCUGCUUCCUUAAUUGAUUGAAAGUAAAAUGUGAUGAGUCUGACUUUGCACAUGAGGACGCUGUCCUUCUGUUUUCAUGCUUACUCUUUCUACCUUCACUGUACUUUACCUUCUAGAGUAAUUUGGUUCUUUACCUUGAUAGAUCUUUGGUUUUUCAUUAAAAUAAAGGGAGGCUACACAGCCAA